AUGAGAACCAUAGAGAGACCACAGAGGAAAGCCACAGAGGAGAGCCGCAAGGAAACCGCAGAAGGAAACCGCAGAGGAAGCACAAGGAGAGCCACAGAGGAGAGCCCCAGAGAGAGCCCAAGGAGAGCCACAGAGGAGCCCAAAGAAGCCCAAAAGAGAGCCAGAGAGAGCCCAAAAAGGAGAAACCCCAAGAAAAACACAAAGGAGAGCCACAGGGAAGCCCCCAAAAGGGAAAAGGGCCAAGAGGAGAGCCCCAAAGGGGAGCCAAAGAGAGCACAGAGAGACCACAGAGGGGAACCACAAGGAACCCCAAAGGGGAAACCAAGGAGAGCCCCGAGGAGGCCACAAGGGGACCCAAAAGGAACCACAAAAGGAGCCAAGAGGAGAGCCACAGAGGGAGCCACAGAGGGACCCAAGGGAACCCAGAGGAGA